AGCCGAAGGGACCGAAGUUGAUUAAUUUUAGCUUCAAAAUUUAAUUUUCCCAAAUGGUUCGAAGCGCUCUCUACUACUCUCUACAUGAAUAAAGAUUAUUCAAAAAGUAAUUAAAUCGAAUCCUCGUUAGAGCUCGCUAAUUUCAAUAUAAAAGUUAAAACCACCAAAAAAAAACAAACAAAACAAUUUUCGUUCUGUCGACGGAGUGGGGUGAAGUAGUGGGAUGUGAUAUGUGAUUGAUAACUUAAUUUAUUAUAAAAAUUGCGUGUUUUAAUUUAAAUAUUUAUAAUCGUAUAAUUCGUUAUGUCCGGUUAUAAGCGAGUAAAUUACCAUGAGCUUUGCCGCCUUUGCACUUCAACGGAAGGAACUAAAAUACACAUUUAUAAAGAAGAAGGAAGCCGAAGACAACUCCCCACUAAGAUAAAAAAAUGUCUCCCUCUAAAGGUACUGGACAAUGAUCUUCUUCCGAAAAUGAUUUGCAAUAACUGCGCCAAUAAACUAGACGAAUACGACAAUUUUCGACAGCUUUGUUUGAAAGCAGAAUCAAUGCUACAGAGCUUUCGUUUAUCUUUGAAAUGUACCGGCAAGGAAACAGACAAGCUACCAGUUUACGUUAAAGAUGUGCAACUACAAGCCACCUUAGUGGAAAAAAGUCCAGUACAGCAGCCCGAAACCCAAAUUCGUUCCUCAGUACAAGUUCCAAAUGUUACUAAUGUGUUUCAAAACACCACCGAUAAUGAAUCAGAUAAUCGUGUGGUAGCUUUAAUGACGUUGCCGAGUAGAAUCGGCGAAGAAACAGGACAGAUGCCUUUACAAUGUUCAGCACCGUUGAAAUUAAAUGGUGUACCAUCGUCGGUCGUCCCAGUGAAUGUGGAAAAUUUAUCUAGUCUUAUGCAAGUAGUGCCUGAUAACGAUAUAUCUCGCAUACAGCAGUUCGAGUUACCUUUACAAACAGAAAUGGCAGUUGUAAAUGAUGCUAAUAAUACACGAUACAAUGUUUCGAUACCUACUGGCAAUAGUGAUACAGUUAUUCAUCAAAAAGAUGUCACGAACGUUAUUCAAUCAUUACAGUGUGAAAUAAACGAAGACGGAAAUAUCAACCUGAACAAAAUAAUACAAUCGAAUUCAGCUUCUGGAAAUGUGUCAUAUGGCGAAGCAUCAAUACCAGUAUCGAUAGUAGCUUCGUCGCAAACCGGGCUUACCUCCAAUACUACCGCACAAGAUGUCGUGAUGCAGGUCGACCUCACCAUAGAUGACUCUAAUAAUUUGAAAAGCUGUGGCACCUGUGGUAAAAUAUUGAGCGAUCCGAAUGAAAUAUGUAAUCAUACUAUCGUUAGGCCUGCUACCUCAAGUGAAUCGAACAUGCCUCAGCAAAACGCAGCUACUUCUGUUAUACAAUCGGUGAAUUCCAUUUUUACACCAACAAAACCCUCCAGAAAGGCAGCCAAUAGUGAUCAGUUUUUCAAAUGUGAUGUAUGUGAAAAACCAUUUCGUAAGAAAGAGCAUCUUUUUCAGCAUCGAAAAUUACAUUCUGGUGAAAGACCUUAUGUUUGCGGCAGUUGUGGUAAAUCUUUCAGUCGGAAAGAGCAUUUGUUUAGGCAUACGUUAGCUCAUACCGGAGAAAAAACACAUUCCUGUAAUAUUUGUGGUAAAACGUUUAGUCGUAAAGAUAAUCUGCACAAGCAUCAAAAAACGCAUGGCAUAAAUGGUCCUUACGAAUGCGAGAUUUGUGGUAAAUCAUUCAUCGUGAAACAUUAUUUCUUGAUGCAUCAAGCUAACCAUGGCACCGACGAUAACGAAGAACUACCAUUCCAAUGUGAAAUCUGUAAAAAAGGUUUCAUUAAAAAAGAAUUCCUAAAUAGUCAUAAAGUUAGGCAUAGAGUUCGCGUGAAUCCUCAAGUAAGCGCUGCAGAAUCCACAAUCACGACCACUUCCCAACUGGAAGAAAAUGAUUUGAUGACUAUCAACUCGGUUGCUAUAUUAUCACCCAACAUCGUACAACAAACAGCAUCUGAUACCAUAUACAUAUCAGCUCAACCAUCAGCAUUUACAUUGACUGCAACGGGUGCUUCGAAUACAACUACUGCUACGCAGACUCCUUUAUUUUCCACUGCUCUUACCGAAACUCAGUUGUUGGAAAAUUAUUGUCAUCUGACUUCAACUGCUGUUUCAUCUUAGCUAUAAAAUGCCGACGCUUUUGUUUGGUCAGCAAAUCAGCAAUUUACUAAUUAGAUUUAUGGGACAUUAUCUGUGUACUGAACAUAUCGUACAAACCAAUAAUUAUAUCAGAUAAUUAAAUUACAAUAUUGUGUAUCAUAUGAUGUAGUUAGAUUGGGGUAUAAUUUUAUCUGGUCAUAUGUUUUCUAAGUCGGAUGUUUUUUCUCUUGUUUUUGUUGUGUUCUAUGCGUAUAGCAGUGUAGCAUUUUAUUUUUUGAUUUUAGAUAAGCUAUUGUGUUAUGUAAACGUGUACUUUGUUUUUAUGCGUAUAUGUAUUUAAAAAAAUUUUAAUUAUUUUUCGUGCCAUUUGGAUCUCAAAAAUUUUGUUUUUCGUUUUAAAUAUGGCCAAAAACACUCCUCAGCAAUCAUGCAUUCUUUUAAUUUGAUUUAGAUCUAAUCUAGUCAGUCUUCACUUCUUCAGCUCUACAAAGUUUUAAACAUGAAUUUAAAAAAAAAAUUGAUACAAUCAUUGUUUUUUCAACUUUGAGUACAAAUUAAAUUGGAUUAAUUUAAUAAUAAUCAUUUUUAAAGGAAUUACAUAUCAAUUCCAUAGUACAGUUGGAAUAUUUGAUUUCAAAUUUAAUUUGAAUUGCAGUCUUUACUAUUUUUUUUCGUUAGUAAAUGGGUAUUUUAAUUUUAUAAGUGUGUUACUUUCGCGUUUGUUUCAGAAGAAUAAAAAAUUACUUUUAAAUAUUGGCUCAUUUAAUUCGUACGAAGGCCUCCUUCGACUCCUACAUUAUUCUCAGUUAUUUCCCCGAAUAUUUAACAAACAAUGAGAUGAGCCGUGUCCAUGCUUGCUUGUCUUUUGUCCAAAAUAUUUCAAAAAUUGAAAUAAAAAAACUGUAAGAGGGCUCGAACAAAAUUUAAUGUUCAUCCGAGCUUCCGAGCCCAUCCAAGUUUUUUUUCAUCGUUGGAACUGUUGGAACACCCGGUACAAAACACGUGUAUAUUUUCCAGCUAUCUGAUUGAAGAACGAAGUUGAAGUUGUUUAUUUUUUUUAUGUUCACAACUGAUAACGAACUGAUAAUUCAGAUUCAGUUGAGUGCUCGGAUUUGAAUGUAUCUAAAUGGACUACUGUUGUUUCAUGUGUGCAUUUUCUAAUGAACCUUCGUUUAGUUAAUAUAAUGUUUUCCUCGAGAUAAAAAAGUAAAAUUUAAUUUGAUCGAUGUUUUUUCAAUGUAACCACUAGGGGAAGGAGCCGAAGAAAACGCCGUACCAUCUGAUUUGAUUUAGGGAAGGUAUUUUUGAAUAAUUUCCAGUUCUAUCAUGAGAAAGUACAUUCGAAAGCCAGAUAGUCGACGGUAUGUCACUUAUACGUCAGAAGAAUUAGACCACUGCCUAGAAUUGGUUGAAAAUGGCUCUCUAAGCGUAGUAAAAGCAUCGAAAAUGUUCGAUAUCCCCAGAAGAACUUUGUACAACAGGAUUUAUGUAAAAAGAAGUACAAAUGGUAGUCCCAAAAAAUACGGAGGGCAGCCGGUAUUCAGCAAACAAGAAGAAAUAGAACUCGCACAACAUUUCAUCGCAGUUACAGAAUUUGGAUUUUCUAUAAGUAAAGUUGAGAUGCGAUCGUUCGUUCGUGACUACUUACUUAAUAUCGGUAGAGUUGUUCCAAGAUUUCGUGAUAAUUUACCGGGUGCAGAUUGGUGUGAUGGAUUUUUGCAAAGAAAUCCCACCGUGAAUGCGGCAAUGGCUGCAAAUAAAGGGACGUGUAGUGUAAUUAACAAUCCAAAAGUUUACAGAGUUGAAUGUAAACCCGAUAAAUCUGGAGAACCGAAAAAUCGCGUGAAUCUAUCGAAAGUAAUCGAGGAUUCCUGUGACAGUGACGAAGCUCAACAAUCUAUCAAUAAUCAAGAAACUGAAGCAGGUUUGCCGAAGAGAAGAGAUCGUCCGCUGAAACGUAAAAAUUGUAUAUUAAAAGAAGUCUUGCCUUUGGGGUCCGAAAUCGUCAUCAGUGAUAGUGAUGAAGCUGAAUUAGCGGAAGUAAGCUUGCUAAAGCGACGUUGUGGACCACCGAAGCGAUAUUUGUAGUCACCAGUGAUAUUCUAUUUUGUAAUUUAAUACAUACGUUAAUUUUUCUAAAUAUGUAUCGCUAUUCUGUCAUUUAUUCUGCAUCAUGCAUCUACAUUUCAUUUUGUUCGUGAAUUUGAAAAACAUGUUUAGUCGCUGCCUUUUCUGCAAAAUGAUUUCAAUCUAACAUAAAUUUUCUUCCAUAUUAAUGAGAAAAAUUUUUUUUAUGAAGAAAUCAUUCAUCGGUCAUUUUGCACCUUAUUCGUUCAUCCAGUUGACGUUUUUCAUUUACAUAAUAUGACGCAGAUACCUUUACCUCACAGUAAUCACACUUCUUCGAAACACGAUUACUAGUAUUCAUUCCUUGAGAGUGGCAAAUAUUCAAAUAAAAAAAUAUAUAUAUAUGAGAAAUAACAGUUUUCUUUUUAAAAAAAUAAUUAUCGCAAUAAAUUAAUAAAUUACAAGAGGACAGAACAAAGAAUAAUAAAAUUAAACUUAAACAAGAACUAAAAAGUUGGCAACCUAAAAAAAAUUGAAGUAUUAAUAUCAACAAGCAACGUAAUGUUCCAGGCAUAAAAAAGUCAAAUCAAAAACGUAAAAAAAUAAAGUUUACACGAGCAUUCAAUACAUUGACGAAUAUGCAUUGUUCAGCAGAAGACAUGAAGUUUCGUCAUGCAAAAAAUCUACAGUGACGUUUGAAAAUGGCAUUCGCGUUACUUCUGUUCUUAUUUUUAAACCUACGAUUAGACCUAAAUAAAUUUAUUACGUUAGUGAAAUGAGAAAAAAAAAUGAGAGGAAUAUUUCAAUAAGACCGAAUUAGAUAACCUCAAACAGGAAUAUAAAUGAAUACAAAUUUAUCUAUAUUCAAACUUUUAAAAAUAAACAGCAAAAUGCAGGUGCGCUUGCUUUAGAAAAACAAUAACGGACUCUCUAGUCUUCGCUUUAAAAAACUUUUAAUUUACUUUUCAAUUUCCUGAAUGGAAUGUUGACUUCUGUGUCAGCUAGAACCAUAACAUUGGCACGUAUGGUUUUUCGAAACUGAAAUUACAAUGCAAAAAUCUCGUACAAUAACAACGUAACGAUAUACAAUGAACACAAACAAAACUAUCGUACACAUUCUCAUCAUAAACAAAAAAAAAAAAAAAAAAAAAAAAACCACUAAGAAAAA